AGUUGACUCAGUUGAGAAUUGAGAUAGCAAAAGAUGUAGCUAAAUUCCCAUACACCACUCCAACCUAAUCAUCUGAACCAAAUAGUUUCAUAUAAAAAAAAAAAAAAAAGAAAAUAAAAUCUGAACCAAAUAGUUUGAUUCGAAAAGGAAAAGCAACGAAGGAGAAGGAGAAGAAAGAAUAAGCUGUAGCGGCAGGCUGCUAUGGAGGCUGAACAAGAUCCAAAUUAGAAGAGGUUUCAGAAGGAAAAUGGCAUAUUGGCAUAAUUAUUUUCUUGAGAGGCGGCGGCGGCGGCCUAAUUAUUCUUUUGAGGGGCAGCGGACGGGGCGAACUUCGCUGACGGGGCGGAGGAGGCGGACAGGGCGGAGGAGGCGGACGAGUCAGGCGGAGUUUUCUGCAAGUCUUGGUGAGCUUAUUUCCAGAUUGACCGUAAGAUGGGGAUUGCAACUCCGAAGUCGGCUGGAAGAGCUAGAAAUCAAAUUGAGUGACAUGUUUGAGGUAUUGGACCGUAUAGAUUCCAUGAACAGACCAAACCAAGCAAUGAGUGAUUGGGCAACAAAAGCAAAGGGUGUUAUUCGCUCCAUAGAUGUUUUGAUGGACGAUCUCUUGAAAAGAGCCUUGGAUUUCACUGAUAUAUUUCUUGAAUUCGAGUUUAGACCCGAGGUAAACCGCUACUUGUUAAGUAUCACUGAUCUGUUAAGAGAUGCUAAUGAUUUCCGUAAUAUUGAAGUGUCCAACUCCCUGACUCAAAGAAGCAAUCAAAAUUCUGAGGAAACUGUUGUCAUCGGCUUUGAGGAGCAUGUAAAUGAAAUAACGGAAAGGUUGCUCUCACUUAAUGAACCACGUCGCUGCGUCAUUUUUAUUGUGGGAAUGGAAGGCUCCGGUAAGACGUUCCUUGCAGAAUCAAUCUAUGACAAUAAUGCUGCCCAUUUUCAGGCUCAUGCUUGGGUUUCUAUAUCUCAAGAGCGUAGUGCUGAAGAUAUUCUGCAAGACAUAAUGGAAAAAGUAAUAGGAUCUGAUCAUCAAGAACUAAAAGGGAAGCAGAGCCUUAAAGAAGAACUAAAGCAAAUGCUUCAGAAUUUCUUGAGAGAAAAGAGGUACCUCAUAGUUCUGGAUAAAAUCCCCAUGUCCGGAGUCUGGGAUGAUCUCAAAGACGCAUUCCCAGAUCAAUCAAAUGGAAGCAGAAUCAUGAUCACUACUCGGGACAUGGAUUUGCCUCUGCAUGCUGACUCAGGAAUCUUUCAUUACAAAAUGCAAUUGCUAAGUACUGAUGAGAGUUGGACAUUAUUUAAAAAUACUUUGAGGAUGGACAUCCCCCAAGAACUGGAACAACUCGGAAGAAAAUUUGUGAUUUGUUGUAGUGGUUUGCCACUGACAAUCAAAAAAAUGGGGGAACUGCUGUCAGAUAAAGAAGCUACCAAAGAGGAAUGGACAAGGGUGCUAAACGAGCUUAAAGGAGACCCAGGACCUUGGUCAGAAAUAUCAAACAAGGUCCUUGGGGAAUCUCCCCUAGAAUUGAAAAGAUGUCUACAAUAUUUCUACUUAUUCCCCGAAGAAUUUGAGAUCCCUGUAAGAAGAUUAAUCAGACUGUGGGUUGCUGAGGAGGAUAUGUUGAGUCUAAAAAGGGAUGACGAAUUUUCUGAAAAUAAGGCUCAGACUUUUCUGAUGGUGCUGAUAGAUUUGAACUUUGUUCAAGUAACAAAUAAGAAGCAGAAUGGUAAAGUCAGAAGUUGUCGUCUUCCUGUUGCAUUAAGGAGACUCUCAUCAUUUGAAAGACUAGUCAACACAGAUUCCAAAUCAUCUUCAGGGCUUCCGAAGAAAGUUUGGGUUGUUGAUCAUUACAACAACACAGAACCCAGCGAAACCAGCAAUCAUAUUCAUGGUGACAACACCAACAAUAAAACCCUGCGGGACUCUUAUAAAAGAUCCCUAUCUUUUUUUUCCUUUGAUUUUCGAGAAGGAAGCCAGCCUGGGGAAGAGAUAGGAAACUUUCUUGAUCGCUGCAUUUCCUGCAGAUGCUUCCUAUGGCUGCGGGUGCUUGAUCUUGAACGUGUUUUCAGACCUCAAUUGCCAAAGGUACUGAGUAAGCUGGUUUUGUUAAGGUACCUUGGCUUGAGAUGGACUUACCUUGAGUCACUUCCGUCAUCCAUUAGCAACUUGCUGAAACUCCAAACACUAGAUGUGAAGCACACUUACAUCAGUUCUCUCCCUCAAUCUAUUUGGAAGAUGCAACGAUUGCGGCACUUGUAUUUGAGCGAGAGUUAUCGCAGUAGAUUUGGGCCUCCACCAAGAGGUGCCUCAUUAAAAGACCUUCAAACUUUAUGGGGCGUGUUUGUGGACGAGAAAAGUCCAGUGAAGAAUGGCUUGGACACGUUGAAAUAUCUUAGAAAACUCGGUGUGGCAUGCCGGUGCAUGUCAAAUCAAGAGGAUGUAAAUCAUGCAAUGUCAUUGCAACUGAAAGCAGUGGCCAAAUGGAUUCAAAAUCUAAAACUUCUUCAGUCUUUAAGGCUGAAAUCACAUGAUGAAAACAAUCAACCUGGGAAUCUAUACUUACAGUCUUUGUUAGGCCAUACAAAGCUCUCCAGUAUAUAUCUUCUCGGAAGGUUAAAAACUCCAUCUGUCAUCUCUAAAUUUCCAGAGAACCUUAUUGAGAUUACCUUGUCAGCAUCAGCACUAAGUGAAGAUCCCAUGCAAAAGUUAGGUAAACUUCCAAAACUGAGGAUUCUUCAGUUAUUCUCUGAAUCUUAUAUGGGGAAGUAUAUGUGGUGCCCUGAAGACAGCUUUCCUCACCUUCAAGUUCUUAAACUAUGGAAGCUAGAGGAGCUGGAGUACUGGAUUGUAUUGGGAGGAGCACUGCCUCGUCUCAGAGAUUUAGAGAUCAGAUCCUGUGCAAAGCUGCAUAAGCUUCCCGAUGGAUUGCAGCAUGUGCGCCAUGUUAGCAUUGAACCCUGAGGUACCUCCAGUUCUUAUUAGAAUCAAUGCAGCGAUUCAUUACAUAUGAUAGUCUCCAGUAUCCAGAGAUGUUUUUUCUGCCUUCAAGUUUCUUGUGUUUCCAGAGGAUGACAAACUUCUGCAAAAUAAAUGACAGUUAUUCUAACUGCUUUGGGGGUGGGUGAGAUAGUAAGGCCAAUGCUAAUACAAGGAAUGGGAACUUCAGAAACAUUGUGGAGGAUAUCAAGCUCACUCCAAGGACACUAUCAGAUGUUAGCUCUUCCUUUCAUGUGAUGAUUUAUUUCAGGGGUAUCACCAGUAGUAGGCUUGGCUGCAGCUAUAUCAUUCCUUGACCCUCUUGUGUGUUUUUUUCUGUUCUUAUUGUUAUUUGUUGCUUCUCUUCUUGUUGCUGGAGAAUGGAGAUGGUGAUGGUAAUGGGGGAGGUUUAUUUAUUUUUAUUUUUAAAUGUGAUUGUUGUGAUGUAUUCUAAAACCAGUGCUUAUUUCAGAACCUUUUUGUU